GCCCAUUGGCUGCGUUCAGCAAAACGUUUAUUUUGCAACUGUUGAAAGUUUUCUUCGCGCUGAUUGGAUUAUGCAUUUAGAUCAAGAGGAAUAGUCCAGUCUCAGCAGAGAAUCAUAAAACGGUUGCAAAACUGUUACGUUUUUCAACCAAUAUACAUACUUACAAGUACCGUGUAAUAAUUAAGUUAUGAAAUUGUAUAACACUGGCUAUAACGACUGAAGUAGAAACAGCUAGACGAAGUAGAAGUGCAGGUAGAAGUGAGGUUAGGCUAUUUCAAAUAAUACGAAUAUGGGUUCGGAUGUUACAAACGCUUUGAAGUGUUUUUUAAUUGAUCAGUUUGUAAAAUUCUUUCUUCUAAUUGGUCCAUCAAACGCUUCAAAGCAUUUGUAGCGAGAUUUUGACCACAGCCAUCCUGUCGAGUCACGAACAGUCGCGAAUAAAGCAGUCGCUCACAAGUCACUAUCAGCAGGGUUACACAUUAACCCAUUAAUUAGUUAUGUUUCCGAAAAAUGUCAAGACAACGUUGUUGUGCGGAUCGAAAGACUUGAGUAAAUCCUUUAUGUUUGAGGCUGCAACGUAUUGGGCGGAGGAGGGACAAUGGGUUGUUUACAUUACCCCGAUACCUUUGGAAAAACAACCGGCGGCUUGUCACGACAGAAGGAAUCCAUCAGUCACCGCUCUCAAGCUAAUGAGAUUCAUAUAUUUGUCGGAUUACGAAGCUCUCGUGGAACAACUUUGUAAACUGCACACCUAUGCAGCGGUACCUUCUGUGCUUUUGAUAGAUGACUUGGAUGAUUAUCUCUUGAAUGACGAAGCUCCUGGAGAUGAUAAUUCGAGGUCGCGUAUCGCUAGAAUUUGCGCCUUGAUACUCCAUUCGAUGAAUUCGUGUUCACGAAUUUUAAAAAAGAAUGUACAUGUGUGCAUAUGGACCAGUUCUAGCCUCAUCAAUAACUUUAUUCAAACAAUUUACUUUCGCAAUAUCUGGAAUUUAACGGAGAAGGAAGAUGGAAAAGUGAUUUUGGUGGAAAGGUGUUCCAUUAGAUCAUCGUUAGAACAAUCAUACAUAUAUUACAAAUUCCAAGAUGGGAUGCGAGUUCUUCAACAAAUAUUAGGCGAUUCAGUGGAGAUUUAAUGAUAUUUUUAUUAGGGAUGCACCGGAUCGUAAAAUUAUUGGAUUCCGAAUAUCCAAGAAAGCAAUUUUUUCGAGUCAGAUAUCCGAUCGAAUAAUGUCCUCUAAAAUCCGAGAAAAUGUCCUCUAAAAAAAAAGUCUAGAGAAAAAGACUGUAAUUUUGCAACAAUGUACAAAAUAUUGUAGCAUCAUGAAUAUGCAUACUUAUUUCUAGAACAUUUGUAUAAGAAAAAAAUCAACAAUUUAAUGAUAUGAAAUUUCAACCGGAUAUAUUCCCGGAUACUAAUAAUAUCCGGUUAGAAAAUAAAAAGUACCGGAUAAUACCGGAUACAAGAUACUUUCCAGACUUCCGGUGCAUCUCUAAUUUUUAUUAAGUAUUUAUGUAUUAAUUAUCUUCGUUCUUACUAUUUUUGUAACAGUAUAUAUGGAAAUGGAAUAAAAAUUUUAUAAAAGUUAUUGCGUGUGAAAUAAA